AUGGGAAUCCAGCAACGCACUUUUCAGAAACUUCCUGCCGUUACAGGCAACCCCGGCAGCACUCCUUCGCAGCCGCCGCAUGGGGGGGCUUCGGGACCCACUCCCGAGCAAGGGGGGGUCAGCACCAACAGCCCCGGUGGGGGGGGCAGCACGCCAAGCCCCGGGGGAAGCAGUUCGCCCGGCGGAACAGGAUCCCCGGGCAGCGGAAGCCCCCCCGCUGGGAAUGGGGGGGGAAGUGGCACCCCCCCAGAAGGAAACGGGGAGGCGAGUGGAAGCCCUCCAGGAGGAAACGGAGGGGCGAAUGGCAGCCCCCCGGAAGAAAACGGGGGGACGAACGGCAGCCCGCCAGGAGGCAAUGGGGGGGUCAAUGGCAGCCCCCAAGGAGGCAAUGGGGGCGUGAAUGGAAGCCCCCCGGAAGGGAACCUGGGGGGAUCUGGCAGCCCACCCGGCGGAAACGGAGGAGCGAUUGGCAGCCCCCCGGGAGGGAUCGGAGGCGCGAUUGGCAGCCCCCCGGGCGGGCACUGGACCCCCCCGAGCGAAACAGGGGGGAGUGGCAGCCCACCAUCGAGUGGAAACGGCGGCGGAAGCCCGCCAGACGGGUCCGGAGGAACAGGAAGCCCGGGAAGCGGAAGCGGAAGCAACAGCCCACCGGAAAGCCCCCCGACCGACGCACCCGGCGCAGGUGGGUCUCCGACGGAGUGGCCAGCGCCCCCUGCUGAUGGGCCCGCCGGCGGUCCUUCCGUUGGCAGCCCUCCGGAUUCCGCUGGCCAGCCGACCGCGUCUCCUGGGAGCGGAACCGGGGCACCAGGCGAAGCCGCAGGCGCUGAAGGCCCGGCCGAAGCCCCGUCAGAAAGUCCGUCAGAAAGUCCGUCAGGUGCCCCGGGGGGGCCGAUCUGCGUCGGCGCUUGCAACCCGGGCGGUGGGGCGGAGAUCAUCGUGACCGGUCAGGCGUUCGACAGUUACCUGCAGUCGUGCACCACGUUUGUGGACGUCAACGGAAACGGAAUCCAAGAUGCCGACGAGCCGAGCGGAAUGACGGACCUCUUCGGGCAGUUCAACUUGUCGACCCCGGUGUACGCCCCCCUGGUUUUGCUAGCGGGGGGGGAGUGCACUGACGCCGCGACCGGGGUGCUUCUACCGGGCAUUCUUUCCGCCCCUCCGGGAGCAACCGUGAUAACCCCAUUAACCACGUUGAUAACCCAACUAGGCACGCGACAGAACAUCGAAGCGGUAGCGGCGGAGCGCAUCUUGGCAGAGGGUCUCGGGCUCAACGUGAGCGCGGCGCUCACGCUGACGUCGACUGACGUCAUCGCGGCCGUGCUCGCGACCCAGGACGGCGCCGCGGCGCGCGUGGUGGUGCAGAACACGCGCGCGCAGAACGUCGCCGCGAUGGCGGCCGCGCUGAUGUCGGCCGGAGGCGACCGCGCGGCGGGCGCGGCCGCGACGUUCGGCUCGUUGGCGGACGCCAUCUGGACGCUGCCGACUCCGGACAGCGGAACGGCUCAAGGGAGCGGCACGAGCGAAGGCGACGAAACGGAUGCACAGCUUGCAACAGAAGCCAACAACGAUACGACCGGGGGAUCGAGCCCGGGAGCCGGCCAGGCCAGCCUGCAGCUUCGGCGGUUGCUGGGGAUGCUCUCUGAGGGUUCCCCCGGGGGUUCGAUUGGCAACUUGGACUCUCGGAGAAGCAUGACCGGGGUUGACGUCACUGUGGAGGACGGGUGUAAAGAGGGCGGUCUCGAAAGGCGGCCUCACUGCUCGCGUCGAGUCGAAGCGGGAACAAGCGGAAUGAACGCAGAGCUUGAAGAGAUGACUGCGUCGCGGCAAGGGUCGGGCCUGGAAGGAGAUUCGAGCAACGGAAGACAGAAUCUUAAAGGUCGGAAAGGAAGAAAGUUACGGCGCUUGUUGCAGGACGAAGCGGAUGCGUCUGAUAAGACAGCGGAUUCGCCUGCCGAUCUGACCGACCCAGUCUUUCUAGAGUCCGCUUUAGAAGGGGCGUACAAACUGUUGUCAAAUACUUCGGUCCGGGGUUUGCAACCGAUGACGUCAACCAACGACAGCACUUUUGGCGCGCCGGCACUAUCGGCCGACGACUUUGCGCUGGCGGCUUCGGCGAUGGGGGUCGCAAACGCCGCCAUGGACGCCCCCCUGGAAGCGUUUCUGCAGCUCAACCUGGCCGGUAAUACCAACCGGUCCGCAGCGAUCGAGUUUCUGAACGAGAUCUGGCGCCGCGCGAAGGUCGCGCAGUCGAACUUCGCGGACGUGCUCGUGCAACUAGGCGCGGGAGAGAUCAACCGCACCGCGGCCGCGGCCGCGCUCUCGCCGGCCGCGUUCGAAAGCCUCGUGGCCAAUACCACGCUCUUGGUAUCUUCCGGGGGGGGCCAAGCGUCGCUUCAGGCGCAGACUGGGGCGCCCCCCCCUCCGGGAGUGAUCGAGUUGCCGGGGAGUGUGGUCGGGGGAAAGCACCGGGCGAAGUCGUGGGUGUGGAUCGUGAUCGGGGUGGCGGUCGGAGUGGGCGGAUUGCUGCUCUGCUGCUGCUGCGGGGGGGUGGCGUACUACUGCUACAGAAGGAAGAAGAACCGCCGAACGGGCCACCGGGGUGCCGACCCCGAGCAAGGCCCGCCCAUCAGCCCCCGUCGCUGGCCGUGGAGUCCCCGCCCGGUGGCUUCCUCCGACCACUCAACACCGCCCACAGAGGAAUCCCCCGACGUGGCCUCCCCGGUAGAAAGUCCCCCGGUUUCGCCCGGGGCAAUUCUCCGGAGCCAUAGCAUAGCCCUUCCCCCGAGCACGCACUUAUUACCGGUGGCCGCCCAAGCGGAAACCGCGCGAGAGGCGCCGCCGGGGGUGGACGAAACGCCGCAGGAGACGGCGUUUUCGACCCCCCGGUCCGGGAUCUCGUCCGAUUCGGACUGA